CCCUGGCCAGUUCCUGACCAGUGACCACUACAACCCCCCCGGGGGGACAACUAUCAACGGACCCAUAAUCGAUCCCCGAGCCUCGAUUAUGCUCAUAGGGUACUCCAUUACAUAUUAACGUUUAGAUCUGAACAUACUCGAAGAAUGGUUCAGCCGUUAGCCUUACAAUGAUAAUCAGGUACUCCCGAGAGAAUGGCGGGUGACCCCACCCCGGGUGAUCAGUUCAAGUUUGAACUUACAUCCCUGCACGCGCUUCCUAUUUUAGUCAGCUAAGCCCCUUCACAUUAUCAGAUCUUCUGCUCGACAACUGACCCAGAUAACAAGCUUGUCCAGCUCAAGCCUCACAUCAGGGACCUAGAUCAAUCCUCGUGAUGUCACUCACUCAUGGCACCAAUCUCACGACAUGUCAAAAACACGCAUAAGCGUGAUGGACUUCAAAGACGCUCACCUUGCCGAGUCAAAUUUCUUUCUUUCCCUUCUCUCCCGCAUAUCAACCUUCCUUCCCUCCAUGUUUCAGUCUCUCUCCUUCGUGGUAUCAUCUUUCAUCCUGUCAGGCUAUGCGCAAAGUCCUACUUAUUCCGCAACUUACUUGCCUUCAAACGCUCCCUAUCAGAGCGAGCAGGGUCAGACAGGUUACAAUAACUGCACCGCUGGCUACGAUCAGAACUCACAGUGCCAGAAUGCUUAUGUCAACACAGUUCAGGACUGGUGUGUCUGGGCGCCUCCUCAGCCAGGCCCCGACUCCGUCAUCGGGAACACUGAGCGAAUCGAAGUAGCAUGGUGCAUGAAGAGCGGGUACGGAACACGACUGAUCCCGGACGGCUCCAUCACCGGUGCACACGUUGUAGUCACUCCAGACUACGUCCAGGUCACAGGCGUUGGAGAUCUCACCAACCUCAACAUCCCCGCCGGCGACGGCGGCGGCGAGCUUGACCCCCACGGCGCAGACGGCAAUGGCAACCCUAUUGGCGGCCUCGUAUUCUCUAGCGCAUUCGGCGCCUUGGAGGAAAUUCACGAGUGGACGAAUUUCGUGUCGGCUAAUCAGUUCUGCUUCCGCGCUUGCAAACCCGCGGUAAACGCGCCGACCAUGUGCCAGCAUAUUUAUGACGUCAUGGGAUGCGAGUGGAAUAUGCCUGCUAAUUACGCUCCGGGGGUGUUUGAGCAGUGUUUGGGUGACUCGGCUCAGCCUAUGGGUGUUUAUGGGACGUCUACGUUCUACCAAGGGGAGCCUGUCACGCCAUCUGCGCAUCCCAUCCCCGCUUCUUCCAGUUGCACCACCUACAGCACAAUCAGCAACGGCCAGGGCGUAUUAACAGGGGGGCUCACAUCUUCAGUCAGCACGGCAGCAACCAGCACAUCAGCAUCAGCGCCCAACUCAGCAUCAACGACUGUGGGUACUCAUCACAUUUCCAAUUUUCAUCAUCACUCGUGCCUCAGGCACAAUCACCAACAUAGUUCUCUUUGUCAUUCUUCUGCCAUGCCGGCGGCGUCGUCCACUUCAAUUUCACAAGACUUUUCAAAUUCUGUGCUUUCGUCGUCGCGUUACUCGCAUUCAAGUCUUUCUUCUUCGAGUUUUGCAAGCACACAAUCAUCAUCUUCUCUUCUCUUCUCUUCUUCUCGUCCGACUUCAUCUUCUCUUCCGACCUCUUCUUCUUCUCGUCCAACGAUGUCUUCUUCUUCUCGUCCAACAACGUCUUCCUCUCUUCAAACUUCGUCGUCAUCUAUUGAUCCUUCAUCUUCAUCUUCCCCUUCCCCUUCCCCUUCCUCCUCAUCUUCCAUCGUAUCUUCCUCUCCAUCACUCUCAUCCUCCAUAAUAAGUGGUCAGAAUAGCUCACAACAAUGCCCUCUUCUUAUUCAGGGCGCCUUAAAAUCAUCGUCAUCAGGAACAGGCGCACCACAAUCGACGAGUUCGUCAGCAGCUCUACCGACGGCGCCUCCCGUUGGCUGGCAACGCCUGGCUGUGUUUGUUUCGACAGUCGCCAUAGGGUUCUCAAUGGGAGCAAUUAAUAUUGUGGCCUUUUAG